AUGGGUCGAAGGGCUGCCGUGGAGGACUUCGUGCCUGUGCCCACAGAGGCAGCGACGCAAGCGGUUCCGACCCAGGAGGUCUGCGUGCCAACACAGGAGAUCUUUGCUAACCCUCGCCCGCGAACCCUGGAGGACUGGGUGAAUGUCGGACAGCAGGUCAAGCGUCGUCGCAAGUCUGCUGUGAAGACGGCAGUCAAGGGAUGCUCCGUCGCGGAGAACGUGCCUGAGGAUGUCUGCCCGACUCAGAAGCUUGCCGAGGAGCUGUGCCCCACGCAACAGUUGCCUGAGGAAGUCGAGGAGCCCACACCUCUGCAAGAGCCGGAGGACCGCUUCUUUCCGGAGAAGGCGCAGGCCUACAGCCGAAAGUCGAAGCGAGGAAGGGGAUCUGCCUCUGCCGAUGCCUCUGCCUCUUCAGGUCUGCAAAAAGCCCUGGGAAAAGUGGCUUCCGAGGUGCAACCUGUGCCAAAGGCUCGAGACGCGAGGCUGAGCUUUCAGCAGAUGGUUUCUUUGGGUCGUCGGCUGCGCGGCAAGCAGCCAACGAUCGAAAGGCAUGAGGCCUUCGCAUGCGAGGCCGCUGGGGAAGCGUCGACGGAACAGGGUGAGGUUGAGGCCAAGUUGCAGCCGGAGGCGCGGGAAGAGCCCCUGGCGGUGAUGCCCUCGAUCGAGGAGCCUCCGGCUCCAGCAGCUGCAGGGCCGGAGCUCUUGAAGGCCAAGGCUGCGGAACCGCGAGCUGCGUCGCCAAGCCCUCUCUCAUGUUCUGGACCAGAGGACAAGAAGCAGUCUACUGCGCACUCCGAGCACCGCGAGCCGGCGGACUGCCCCGAGGAUGCAUCGCCCUUGGAGGCGUCCCAUGUGGACCUUCGGGGGAUGGUGCGCAAGCACAUCGCUGAGGUGCAGGAGGCAUUGUGCAAGCAACAGAUCCCUUACCAGAAAGUGCUGGACGUGUACAAGGCGCUCGAGUCCUCACUUUGA